AUGAGUCGAACUGUAUUAAAUAAACUGUUAUUGCAUUCAUUUGAAAAUUAUAAUGUUCUUUUUAAUGAAUUUCAAUUUCAUAAUCAUAAUCCACAUCAUUUAGGUUCACUUUAUUUAUUGGGUGCAACUGAUGAUAAAUUGGAAAAAGCUUAUGAAAUCAUGUGUAAAGAACUUGUUCCAUAUGAAACAUCUCCUCAAGAAAUAAAUCUUUCCAAUUGGCGAACAUAUCUUGGUGAUAAAGAUUUUUGUAAAAGUUAUCGAGAUUUUUUUCAUGAACAAUUAACAACAAGUGGAAAUAAUUGGCAUGAAAAAUUAAAGGAAUUUUUAUUAGAUAAUGAAGAACAUCCACUAAUUAAUGGUGUUAUUUGCGGUUUAGCACAUCCACUUAUUCAUAUUGGUUAUGCAUUUGAAUUAGAUAGCCAAAUUGUAGGUAUUGAAGCAUUAGCAAUGACUGCUGUUAGUUAUAAUUAUCUUCAUGAUAUUGUUGACAAAUUAAAACCACCAAAAUCUCCUUCAAAAUCAGCUAUAGAAAUUUUUAAAGAUAUUCGUUUGGAUAAUCGUUUGCCGAGUUAUGAUACAUCUGAUGUUCCAACACUCGAAGAAAUUGUUAAAAAUUAUACUGAUUCUGUUCUAUCUCAUUACAAUCAAUGGAAAAUGAAUAAAGAAAAUAUUGAAAAAACAAUUGAAGAAUUAUUUGAUUUAGCAGUUUAUGCCUAUGGUGCAACACAUAAACCAAAUGAUAUUGAGUUUGGUUUUGUCUUACUUCAUUUAGGAGCCAUCCAUAGAGAGCGUCCAGGUUAA